GAAAUCACUUCACUUCCAGCAUCGUUUCAAGAACUAGUGUCUAGCUACAAUACCAGCCACUACAAUGAAGACUGUUAUUUUCGCUACCCUCCUAGCCUUGGCUAGUGCCUAUCCAUACCCAGCACAAUCUCCCUUCUUUGGUGCAUACAGCCAAGGACCUUCGGGAGGUUCAGCUGCUGAAUAUGCUUUCCAACAAGCUGCUGCUCUUGGAGCCUUUGGAGCACAAUCUGCAUCCCAACAAAGCACUGCUCAAGCUAUCCAAGGAACUGUAGGUGCACAAAACGGACCAGUAAACGUUCAAGCUGCCGCUGCUCAAGCUGCCCAAGCCGCUAGCCAGAUCGUGCAAGGUGCCGAACGAGAACAACAGAACCAAUUCCAAGGAUCCAUCCAGCAAUUGGCUCAAGGACAACAACAAGGAGGUGCUGCAAACGGACCUUUCGGACCACAAAACGCUGGACAAGCUUUCGCACAACAAGCACAAAAGCAACAAGCUAUCCAGGAACUCCAAAAACAACAACAAAACCAAGCCCAACCUGGAUCCACUGGCCAAAACCUCCAACAAACUCUCCAAGCUGGAAUCGAAGCCCAAUUCGCAGCCCAAAACACACAAAACCAACAACAACCCGGUCAAGCUCAGGCUACCGCUGCCGAAUUCCAAGCCCAAGUCCAACAAUUGGUAGACCAAACUAACGCCGAGCAAACCAAAAUUGCUAUUGCUACCGCUCAACACAAAGCCAACCAACUCCAGCAACAACGCCAAUUCGCCAACCAACAAAGCCAAAAAGUCCAAGCUCAACUCGCUGCCGCUAGACAAGUAGGAGCUUCUCCCCAACAAGUCCAGCAAUUGCAACAGGCUCAAGCUCAACUCCAGCAACAGCAACAAGCUCUUGCUCAACAGGAACAAGCUCAGCAUUUGGUUGCUCAACAAUUGCAACAGGCCCUCAUCAACCAGCAGAGCCAAAUCCAGAAUGACAUUGCUAACCAACAGGCUGCCCAGAAUGCGCAAAAUGCUCAGAGCGCACAGUUUGCGCAGAUCGCUCAAAACGCUCAGAAUGCCCAGAAUGCUCAAAAUGCCAGGAAUGCUCAGUAUGCCCAGAAUGCACAAAACGCCAAGAAUGCCCAGUAUGCCCAGAGUGCUCUGAAUGCCCAGAAUGCUCGUAAUGCCCAGUAUGCUCAGAAUGCGCAAAAUGUCCUGGCAGGAGGAUACUAAACUAAGAAUUAGAAUAGCAUUUAUAUGAUCAUUUAAAGUAUUUUUUACGACUGACGGAGUUACUAGAUGUAUAUUUUUAAG